AUGAUACGACGAUUUGUCCACUUCGUAUUGAGUCAGAAGAUGGGGAAGAGCUUCUCGGUCUAUUUCUGAGAAUAAAAGAGGAUGAAUUAUGUUUUUAUUUCAGUUUCCAUUACAAGCUCCCUGUUUUUCUCGCAUCGGAAGCCAAAAAACACAAAAGAGAUAAUUAUUAAAAACUCGGAAUCAGUUUUCAUCGUUGAUAGCGAGCCGAAGGUACGUUGAAACUUCAUUAAUUUAAAAAGUAGUCGAUUUCUUUCAGGCUUAUCAGUUGAUGAAGACGCCGAUAACAAUUUUGAUUCCAAUGAACUUGAACUUCCGUUCUUUGCUGAUGUUUUCAAAGCCGAUAACUUGCACGUCAGAUACGAUGCGUUGUCCGCAAAUACCCCAAUGCACAAGUAAAGCCUACCGUAAUUCGUAAAAAUUAUUUUUAAGAUUGUUCAAACUUCUGCUUUUUGAAAACUUUGGAGUGUGACGGACUCGACACGUGUGGGGAGGACGAAUCCCGUUGCGAUGACAAAUUAGUAAAUGGAAAAAUUCUAAUUUUUCCAUAGAAAAUUAGAUUUUACAGACUCGUCGGCCUUUGUCCUCCUACAGUUAUGGAAGAGAAGCUUUGUCUUCUAGUGAACUGAUGCUCAUUGGCUUUUUUGUUCUGAAUGGAUCUUUUAUAGGUGAUUUCAUAGGUUAACUUUUUUUAUUUCUUUCAAGUUUUCUUCUUGAUUCUGUCGUUGUUCUCGGCUGGAGCGGUUUUUGGCCGUUUUCCACUGUACGCAAGGAAAAGCAACGCUUCACGCAAUACUUUUGUGCGCUAUCUACGGUUGAAAUUCUCAAAAAUGACUCAUAAAUUCUUGUACUUCACAGAGAGGCGAUCCCAAGCACUUCAAACAAACCGACCGAACCUCCAGAAGAACCUGAAGCAGUCCUAGAACGUGUAGAAGAAGAAGAAGCUGUACCCCUGGAAGAGAAACCGAUAAGAAAGCUGUCGGACUCAGCCGCCAGAAUGCGGCCAAGACCUUCAAUCCUUUCCCGGAUCAACUUCGAUCCUGCCCCGGCUCUGAAAGAACUUGAACCAGGUAAAAAAAGGUUGAUAAGUUUUAGGGUAAGUAGGAGGUUUCAACACAGCUUAAGCUAAUCUUCUGUUGUUCUGAACUGAAUAAUCAUGGUUGAAUGAUCCAAAUCGGUGUGGUUCGAAGCCUGAUCAAGCAGUUUCGAAUGAGGAAUGCGAAAGUCGUUUUGGGUCGGGUGAUCCUUUGAUAAUUGACAUAGACGCUGUUAUGUGCUGAGACAUUUCACGUGCGACCGGCGGAUUUAAUACUUAGAAACGCCAAAGUGGUCCCUGUAGGGGUUCAGGGUCUGACCCCUAAGUUUUUAAAGAUGAAGUGGUCCCUAUAGGGCCUUUACUUUCUGUUCAGAAAACUAGAAAGUCAAACUUGAUCGAUUACUCCUCUGUUGAUAUUUUUCAUUCGAAUAGCGCUAAUUCAUUGAUUUUUUCGUGUGUAAAUGCUUCUUCUCAUAGAAUCAAAUCAAUAAAUGAAUGGAAUGUCCGCUGUAUGGGCCACUAAUUAAAAGCCCUAUGGCGGCCAUUUUGCAAGCGGUAGUGGUCCCUAGAGGGAAGCAUUCAAGGGCUUCCAAGGUUCUACAAGGACCACAUCAUUAUAUCAACAAACAGAGACUUCGAAAAAAUUCUAUUAUUAUUUCUUUCAGAAGUCGAAGAUCGUGAUAUCACCCCUCCGGAGUCGAUCUGCUCUCCGCCGGCUCACCGACCAGAUGUUUCGAAUCCUAAAUAAAACUUCAAAACUUUUCAGUUUCAGGUUUUCCUCCGAAGACAAAGUCUCCCAGUGACGAGCAUGUUGAACGACGUCGCCUCGAGUGUCCUCAGAAGCAAAAGAUUGUCUCACUGUGGCAAGUCGAUGGACCAGCCAAACUUUUGA